CAGUUCCGUAACUCCGGAUGCACGCGGCGGUAGCGUCCGCCAGUCAGACUCGCUGCUGAUCCCGGGGGUUGGUGCGAGUGUGUGUGAGAGUGUGUGAGAGUGAGAGUGUGUGUUGUGGCUGGGUCAGGGUGGAAGAAAACCACGCGGGAGCAGUGUACGGUGCAGUGGAGGCUCCUCUCUGCAUGGAGCUGCGCGCCGAGCCGGUGGUGGCGAGUCUGGAGAUGUCGGAGCUACAAGCCGGAGCAGCAGAAGGGGACGGCGGCGGCGGCGGUGGCGCGUGCUCCGAGGCCGACAGUUAUGAGAGUUUGCCGCGGCACGCGUCCUUCAGCACGCACAUGACAGCCGGCGCAGUGGCCGGAGUGCUCGAGCACACGGUCAUGUAUCCGGUGGACUCCGUUAAGACGCGUAUGCAGAGUUUACAGCCAGACCCGAAGGCUCAGUACCGCAGUGUGUAUGGGGCUCUGAAACAAAUCGUAACAACCGAGGGCCUCCUGCGGCCCCUCAGAGGCCUCAACAUCACGGUGUUGGGGGCGGGGCCGGCCCACGCGCUCUACUUUGCGUGCUACGAGCAGAUCAAGCGCAGCCUCAGCAACGUCAUUCAGAACGGCGGCAACAGCCACAUCGCCAACGGCCUGGCGGGAAGCGUCGCCACCCUGCUCCAUGAUGCAGUCAUGAACCCUGCUGAAGUGGUGAAGCAGCGCAUGCAGAUGUAUAACUCGCCGUACCGAGGCCUGUGUGACUGCGUGCUGACAGUUAGUCGUAAAGAGGGCUUGGCCGCCUUCUACCGCAGCUACAGCACGCAGCUCACCAUGAACAUCCCAUUCCAGGCUCUGCACUUUAUCACGUACGAGCUGAUGCAGGAGCGGCUCAACCCACAGCGCCAGUACUGGCCGGGAACGCACAUGGUGUCGGGCGCCGCAGCGGGCGCCGUGUCAGCCGCACUCACCACACCGCUCGAUGUGUGCAAGACGCUGCUGAACACGCAGGAGGACGUGGCGUUAAAUUCGGCUCGCAUCAGCGGCCAUCUUUCAGGCAUGGCCAAUGCCUUCAGGACAGUCUACAGGCUGGGAGGCUUGCCUGCCUUCUUUAAGGGUAUGCAAGCACGCGUCAUUUACCAGAUGCCUUCAACUGCCAUCGCCUGGUCCGUCUACGAGUCCUUCAAGUACUUCCUGACCCGGGAUGAAGAGAGCAGCUUGGGACGGGACAGGACGAGUCAAACAUGAAGAGCUCGGAAGGAACUUCUGGACCAAAUCAGCACUAAUCACAGAGGAGCCGUUGUCCGUCACAGCGUUUUUGUCUCCACCACACUUUAAUAGUGUAGACAAAGACGUAUGUUUGUGAUCACGUUUUUGGUUCCGUUUAAACUACUUUAUUUAUUGGAAGGCGUUUUUGCUGUUACAAGCAGGAAAAUUUAUGUAGGCAAAUUAAUAGCCACUGCUAAAUACGCACAAAUAUAGAAUAGAAAGAAGGAGUGAUCUUAUAUCUCCUGUCAUUUAACACCAGCACCUAGGGCCUGAAUCGUUAUCUUUAUCAUAACGAAAUUGUUUUAUUACUGAAUUGCUAAACGGAUCAUGCUCUGUAUUGGUGUUGAGUGGUCGGUGCCACAGCGGGCCUUUGGAAUCAGACCCAGAUUUCCAUACUUCCAUUCCAUAUGUUUUCCUGGGUGACAGCAGACAGGCACGUUUACCUCUAUCUGUGCGUUUCGAGUUAUAUGUAGGAAAUUUGUACGUUUCUUUUUUUUUUUUAGCUUCUCGGGAUGAUGAAAGUCCUGUAGGUCUUUGUUUUGACCAGCUAUGAUUUUAUACAAGUGCUCUUCAUUGGCGAACACUGCCUUUACUUCAUGCAUUUGCUUCAACUGCAGACCUUUUCCACCAUUAGUGGACUGUAUUUUAGUCACUCCUGACAUUUGGAGACCUUGUAGCUUAAACUUGGUGAACUACUGACAGCUACAGCAAGAGGCUUUAAUAUUACAGAUAAGCAGCUGGCUGAUAAAAAUAUUUUAGCAAAACACUUAAGUAAUAAUGAUGAUAUCUAGUAAAAUUUACUUACAAACUUGCGCAAUAAUCUAAGUGCAUUUUCACAUAUUGUUUAAUUAAAGGUCCUAUAAGCCCCGCCUCCUCCGAUUUUUCAUCAUUUGCCACAGCCAGUUACAGCUGGGUUUCUGCCCCCAGGUUUGCUCUGUUUGGCUGCUGGUAACCAGAGAAGGGAAGUGGGAGGCUAUCUGCUCUCUAAAGCCCCAUUUUGGUCAACAUUUGGUCAUUUCAUGCAUCUUGAGUAAUACAGUUAUAUCUGGAUGGAGUUUACUGACAUAAAAGUGUAAAUGCAACCAGAUUUAAAUCUGAUCGCACAAACCAAUUCAGGAGAUCUGAGAGACAUUCUAUCCACAUAUUAUAAAAGUGUAAAUGUAUCGGGCUUUCCAAGUCACAUUCGAAAACCAAAAUCCCGCCCAAUAGGUGAUGCAUGUGUACCAUUAUAAAAAUAUUACAAGAUUAAAAAUGAUACAAGCCCAUCUUAUUUAAAAAAACAAAAAAAACAAACAACACUGACAGCUGGCGUUGGGUCUGUCUGUUGCGUUUAUUUAUUUAUUUUUUAAAUUUCAAAAUGAAAAUGAGAAAACAAUGAAACAGUGUUUUGUUAUUUUUUUGUUUUUUUUUAAUAGAAAAACAAAAAGAAUUUUUUUUUUUCCUAAAAUUAUUUUUAAAACAAAAUAUUGUCCGGUCUUUAAUUGUUGCAACUUAUUUCACCACACAAAGUCUAGAAGUCCUAUGUUCAUGAAAAUGUUUUUAAAAAAAAUUCUAUUCAUGAAAUAAUACAAAUCUGAACAAAUUGCCACUUUUGUACAUUUCAGUGUGAAAAGAGUCAACCUAGAAAUACAAGUAUGCUAAUCUACAUGCUCUUUUCUCUGGUUAAGAUGUGUACUCUGGAGCCUUAUUCUAUUAAUGAUAAAAAAUGGGAUCAGAAUAAGCACAUAUAAAAUUUGGGUAAUUAAAAUACUCUUAAAUUGCAGCACCUGGAAAAUCCUGCUGAUGUUUUCAGGUGCCAUCUCGUCCUGCUUUACCGUCCUCUUAAAAAGCAUGUAACGAGCAUAUAGUGAUCUAUAUCAGCAGUACAUCAGGCACUAACAGCAAUCUUUAAAUUAACCUUCUUGCUGCUGACUUCCCAGUAAUAGCUGUUACACAUCUGAGUCAUUCAAGAUCGUUGAUUCUUAUUUAGCCUCAGAAAUGACUCUGAAAUGAUGAUAAACAAGCAAAGGAGAAAUACCGGAGUUUAUUUGCAAUUUUUUUUUUGUUUUAAAGUCAAACACUGUUUUGAAAAUCUCAGUUGCGUAUCUUUUUUUUCCAUUCCAUUUUUUCCAUUUUCCAAAUGAACGCAACAUACACAGACAAGACUCAAAUGGAAUGAGCUUUGCAUAUUAACGCACAAAUUGGCUCUAAAUGCUGACAAUUACAGCAAAACUAUAUAAUCGUGGGCAUUUCUGAGCUCAUGUAUGUGGAAGAGGGUAGAUAGUACUUUCCUCCGAAUGUGUUAGACUAAAUAAACACGUUCUUCAAAUCUGGGACCAUGUUUUUUUUAACGCUCUUUUCAUUUUUUUAAAAUAUGAUAUUCGGUUUACUCAAGUUACACAGUAUAGUUUCACUGCUAGCUACAUAUCUGUAUCCGUCUCUCCUGUAAGUGGCCUUGCGAGUUCCUUUUUGUAUUAUAAACCUAAACUUGUAUGUGCAUUUAGUAACCUGCGGAUGCACAAGCCUUGAAAGUUUGCAUAACUCACACUCCUUAAGAAGGUACAAAAGCUGUUAAUGGGCAGCAAACUGUUUCGACUCGAGUUUGGCUUGUCUUUGAGCAUCAAGUGCUUGGCACUGAAAUCACGCACAACAGUGUAAAGAUCUUGGAAUUGUAUUGUAAACAAUGUAUUAUAUGACAAAGGGGUGCCACCUUUUUGUCUCCAAUUUUUAGCUCUUAUUUUAGAGCACGUGUGUAUGCUGGUCCCGGUGUCGGACCAACAACCUAACACUCACCAAAUGUAGGCCUACACAUCUCAUGUUUUUAUAUUUCCUUAAUCAACAUUUCGGGUGUACAUAUUGAGUAAUUCUUAAACUAAUCUUGUAGGAAACGAAACAAAACAAAAUGGAACAUUUUUAGCACAUCAUGAUUUUAUUUAACUUGUGGACAAUCGGAAUCUUGUGCUUUUAUGAUCUAUGCAGCUUUAUCCCAUACUAACUAUGGGUUACAAACAGGGAUCUUUUUGUUAAUUUGUGUGUGAAGCUGAUUUAUUAUGUAACUUUGCCAAUAUAGACCUUCUUAUUUAGCGGAAGGUACUUUAUUUGUUGCUUUACAUUCUUUCAUGACUCUUUAUUUUCCCUUCUCUCUGGAAGUGAUGGACAUUCCUUUAAAUUCCACUAAAAUUUUGGAUCCACAAGUUAUUUGUUUGUCUGUUUUUGAUUAAAUGUUUAUUGGUUUUAUGUUUCACUGUCUCAUGUAGUGUUGAAACCAUUUACACCUAUAACACUGGCUAUGUUUACAUGCAAAGACUUAGACCAAUCCGAAUUCAGAUCAUCAAAUCCAAAUUCAUCCGAAUUCAACAGAGAUAGCAAAACACAGUGAGUGGAAGAGUUUAGGACUGCAGUAAAGUUGCUCAGAAUUUGAUAUUUGCCAAACAUUCAGGAGAAAGGAAAUGCGCACAUCCUAUAAAUAAUGUCAGACUGGACCUAAUGUAAUCUGUUUGGUGGACAUUUUGGUAAUAAAAAACUUGAAGGCUCCAAUAAGCAGCCAGAAAAUGUUUGGACACUGGGGGUCCGUGACAUUUAUUUUGCAGUUAAAGGGAGAUUGCCACAGCCAUCCAUCAGUGGAGCAAAAUUGGCCAUUCUCUUUGGGUAGUUGUGCUGGCGUAGCACUGUCCCACUGUCAAUUACAGCGACACUAGCCAAUCAUGGGCAUCUGGGAGCGCAUGUAUGUGGAAGAGGGUAGAUAGCGCUUUCUUCUGACUGUCUUACGCUGCCCUGUGACGCAGCUUGAGCAGCAGUUUGAAAAGAUUCGGUUGGCUGAGUCUUGGAAGAAGCAUGUGUUAGCUUUAAUUUUCCCUGGUUGAUAGCUGUUGUAUGAUAGGGGAGAGCUGGAUGGCGGUCGGGAAUAAGCAGGUGACCAAAUUAGGAAAAAAUGGCAGGGGAAAAGGGGGGGAGUUCCUGGCUGCAAAAAAAUUUGAGAACCUUAGGUCUAAGAGAUUUGGACAUUAGCAGUUCAGCUGUAAGUCAGUGAACUUUUAGAAAUAAUGCUGAUAGAAUGAAUGAAAAUAUUUUGAUCAUCGCCCAGAGAGCAUUUGAGUAAAGGUGAUAAAUUGCUUUUGCUCAACUUUUAUCAAAGUUUUUCCCCCUUUUUUACUGUGUGCAUGUGCUGUAUCCUCACUGAAUGCCUAGCGAACAGUCUACACAAAGCUGAGCAUACUUUAUUUUCGGGCAAUUGAAGAGUAACACCAGUAAUAUGAACCGUGUUUUCUCAUGGGACCUUUUUUUUUUUUUUAACCAUCAGGAGCACACUGUGAUGCACGUACAAACUGACUCUGAAAUUACUGAAAAUCAAAGAAAUACUGAAAUAAAUCAGACGCCAAGGUUUACAUUGCUAAUAUUCUUGUUACUCUUCUUAUUUUAAUGAAUUACCCACUUCUUUCACAGUUUUAUUCAGAUUGGCCUUUAUUCUGAUUGAGCUGUCUUUACUGGAUUAUUAACAGAUUGUUAGGCUGCAUGUAAACAUAGCUAAUGCCUUUGUACAGUAAUGAAAGACCCAAAGAUUUAGAGAUAAAUGUCUAAAAACAGAUUUAAUAGUGAUGUUAAUGUUAUCAGCUUAAGGAAUGAGUUCAUUAGGAAUAGUUUCCUUAAAGAGGAACCUUUAAUUGCUGUUUUAGUUGUGUUUUAUUUGUCAGCUUAAGCUUGUAUUAGAUGCACAGAUGCUCUAUUAUAACCUGCUUUUUCGAAUCUUGUACGCAGAGUCUUGCAGCAUAGCCUGAGAUUGAAUAUCUUGAUAGACGCGCAAAACCUUUUUCUUGCAAAGGUUUUAUUGCUUUAGGUCCUUCUCAUAUUUUCCAUUGUGAUUCCCUUCUGGCUCUCUGCUCAUUCCAUAUCUUCUUCCUCCUCGGUUUGGUUUGAAGAAUCUGAAGAAUCUAAUACAGCUGCUUUCUUCAUGCACAAUACCGGAAGGAUUUUGAACACAGAGUGCCAUUUAGAGUACUAAAGAUACCAAGCAUUGGAAAAAAUAACAUGCAAAAAAAGCUUGAUUUGUGAAAAUGCUGCUACAGUUUGUAACACUGGAGCUGAAAUAAAGUUACGUGAUUAAAUGUGUUCCUCA